AUGCCAGUAGACUCUAAAGAAUAUGCUAAUAAAGAGACUGAUUAUAAAAAGAUGAAUGAUCAUGAGAUAUCUAAUAAAGAUAUAAUACCAGACGUCAAUAAAUUAUUGAAAAAAAUAAAUUAUAGAAGUUCUUUUGAUGAUAGAAUAAUAGAUGAAGAAAAAAUGCCUAUGGAUUAUAGUAAUGAAGUGUCAAGCGAAAAAGAGUUAGAUUUUUUUGAUAAUAAAAUAUUGGAUAAUAAAGAAAUACUGGAUAUAUUAGACAAUAAUAAAAUACUAGUAGAUUAUAAUAAUGAAGUGCCAAAAGAAGAAUCUGAUAAAGUUGUUGAUAAAGCAUUAGAUAUUAAGCAAAUACUACCUGUUAAUGGUGAAUUUGCUUCAUAUUUUAAAAAUAUCAAUAAGAACAUUGUCAAAGCUGCACCAAUUGUCAUUCUUUACAAUAAAUACAAUGUUAAUAUAUUGUCUUCUUCGAUCUCAAUUUUUAUUUGUGAAAUACUUAAUAAAUAUCAGGGACAUUGGAAGUUAAAAAGCAUCAAAUAUUCCUAUAAACACCCUUCAGAAUUUGCUGCAUUAAAGAUAUUAGAAACAAAACUUCCAAUUUAUAAGUUUUUCAAAAAUGCAAAAAAACAUGCAAACAAAAAAAUAAGUACAAAUAAUUCAAAUAAAAAAGGUUGUAAAAAACAAGCAGUUGUUUCACCUUCAGAUGAUUUUAAUAAUCUUUUAAAUAAUACUACUAUUUCACAAAGUACAAGCACUAAAAGAGGUCACAAAAAGAAGCAACAAGAAGAAAUAAUUGCAUCUUUACCCUUAAAUUAUC